AUGGUUUUGGCGGCUUCGCCGGGCUCAUAUGCACCGCCAGAGGAUAAUCGGGGGAUUCAGAAGGAUUGUGAAGAGGAUCUACAGGGAGCGAGGCAAUCAAAGGGUGUGAAUCUGAGAUCGGAGAAAUGGGUUUCGGUGGCGCAGGAAAGAAGGAGUCUAAAAAAGUACGAUGUGGAGAUUAAAUCGGUGGAUGGCAAGAACAAGGUGGUGAUACCCGAUGAUGUUCUCUCUGAUGUUACUCCGUUGUGGGAGGAUUUCGUUGUGGGUAAGUUUCUCGACAUAGCGCCCCAUUUAGCGAAAUUUCAUAUGGUGGUGAACAAAAUCUGGAGCUAUGGUGAUGAUACAGCCAAGGUGGAGGUCUAUGAUGUUAAUGCUACAACUAUGAGAUUCAAGAUCAAAAACUCGAGGUUUCGUGAGAAGGUUAUCAAGAGAGGGAUGUGGAAUAUAGCUGGGGUUCCUAUGAUUGCGAAGAAAUGGACACCUAAAACUGAAGAAGAGAAGCAAGAGGAGGAGGCCAUUCCGAUGUGGGUUCACUUGCGGAAGGUUCCUCUUCAUAUGUUUUCUUGGGAGGCUUUGAGUUUUAUGACGAGUACUGUGGGCUUUCCAGUGCAUCUACAUCUGGAGACUCUAGCUUGUUCAAACUUUGAGGAGGCAAAAGUUUUCGUCAAUGUAGAUGUAUCAAAAACGCUACCAAAAGAGAUUAAGUUUGUAAUAGAAGGGAAGGAGUUCACAGCUGAGUUUUACUAUCCAUGGUUGCCGUCUCGAUGCAGUUUGUGUGAGAAAUGGGGCCAUACGGAGAAGGUGUGUGUGAUGAAGAAACGUGAGAAGAAGCAAGGGGAUUUGAGUGCUAAAGGGGAGAGUGCUCUAAAGUCUACUGAUAGAGUUGUAGCACAGAUGGAUAUGGAUGUUGUUUCUGAGUCGGUAGGGUUGAAGAAGGUUCAUGAGUUGCCAAGUAUUGCUAGUGAGGUGAGAGCUUCAGUGAGCAAGGAGGGGGGAGAAGAGGACUGGUCCACUGUAUCACCAGACAAAGUGGGUAGGUCACAACUGAAAACGCCACAUCGUGAGGAAGUAGUCGUUCAGAUUUCUGCUUCGAAAUACUCUGUUCUGUGUUUGGAUGAGGUUGAAGAAGGUGAAGUUCUAGUUGAUAACCCGCUUGAGGAGGAGGAAGUAAAUAAUGAGUAUGAAGAGGUAAGUGAUAUAAGGGAGGGUGAUCUGUUAGAAGAUGAGAUUUUGGAUCAGAAGGUUAAGGAUAAAGAGAAGGCAGUAGAGCAAAAAGGGGGGGGGGGGAAGAGAGUCCAGAAGGCUACAGCUCAGGAUGCAAAUUCUAAGGGCAAAAGGUCUUCUAGAUGCAAACUCUAA